AUGGACGAUCCUCUCGAAUGGACGCUGCGGGUCGUCUUGGCCUUGGCCCUGGGCAUCCACAGCAUUCUGGAUGUCACCGACCCCUGCCACAAGGGCAAAAGCCAUCUCUUGCAAGUGGAGGAGUCCCUCCCACGCUGGUUCCUGCCCGCCGUGGGAGUUCUUCGGGCCCUGGCUGCAUUCCAGCUCUUCUCCGACAUCCCCCAGGCCGUGCUUGCCGCGCUGGCAUAUUCCUCUACGGUGUGGUGCGGCGCGGCGUACUUUCACGUGCGCCGCCAGCAUCACCCGGUGGCAGCAGUCCCUGCCCUCUCGUUCGUUGCUCUGGUGGCUGUUCUGAUGGCGAUGCGGGUCAAUCUCCUGUCCGCGUUGUUGGGAACCACGGCGUGUGCAGUGCUCGCGAUUGGAUUGGGCUUCGUUUUUGUGACACCUCCUCCGUCGCCAGCAUAUGUGGCUCUGGCUGGCGAAGUACGCGUUUGCAGCGACAUUGCCUAUCAGUUCAUGGGCAGGAACCGAACCCUCUCCAAGGCUGAGCGGAAGCGCCUGUCCAAUGCAUACGUCUGGUUCGACUGGUGGUCGAUCCCUCAAGAGAGCCUCAGGUCAUUCUGCUGGAUUGAGGACGACCGGCUGGAGCGAGAUCAGGCUGCUGGCAUCCGCUCCAUCCCCUUCUACGUCAGUGUUUCUCGCUUCUUCAUCUGCCUCGUCCCGCCCCUGAGGCACGAAGAUACGGACCAGAUUUGCGACUACGGCACCUACUUAAACCGCGGCUGGUGCCGUGCCGAACUCUGGUGCCGCUACUUGGCCAGCAGCGUCACGAUGGCUGAAGAUGACGAGGAGGAGGCCACGGCCCCGGCGGUGUCAUGGAAGAUCCUGCCGGUCAUCGUGGUGUCGGCUGAGGACUGCGUGGAGUUUGGAUCAACGGAGACUUGGCGCCACUGCCUCGCACACGAGGGGGAGUUCACCUUCGAGGCGGACCGGAAGGCCGUUGGCCUAAUUUGCCGGGCCGCCCUCGAUCUCAAGCUCAUCGAGCUGGAGGGGCCGGACGGGUUUCCCAGAGACCAGGACACCUUCCGCGUACUGGCGGCCCGGCGGGAGGAUCUGACCGGAGCACAGGAGAAGGAGCGGACGGUGGAGGAGUUCCUGAAGGCAUUCAAGUUCGCCUCACUGCAGAGUGCCGUGAAGGUGCGCCGGGGGAUUGGUGGCCUGGCAUGCGCGACGCUCUCCGGUGACCUUCCGCACUUUGCCACGCAGGAUGAUGCGGAGGCUGCUGACAGAGCGCGCAUCCUUGAUGACGAGGCCGCAUAUUACGUAGGCAAGCAGUUGGUUUUUGCAGUUCUCGUGUGA